CAUAAUGAUAUUUCCAAGCAACGAAAUACUGGAACAUAUUUAACCAGAUAUGAAUGUGAAGAGCUUCUUUCAAUUUCCAUUAAUUUAAUAAAUCAAUAUGCAAACAUUAAGCUUAACCAUAAGCAGCUCCAUCAGCGACCACAAUUUAUUGGUAUAACAGAACAACUUGAUGGGCUCGAAAACCUAACAGUAGAUCAGGUAUAUUUUUGGUGGGCACAAGAAACAUCAGCAUUUUAUAGACAGCAUGAUGAUCAAUAUAAAUCUAUAAAGUUAUUUUUAAGUGAGAAAGGUUAUAAAAUCAUAUUUAAUUUGGAUAAGCCGAUACGUGUAUUUAGUUUCUUAACAGG